AUGCGGUUGGCAAGUGACUCCGAUGAAGACGAUUUGGUAACGCCAGCUCAGAAGAGACGCAAGGUUUCCAAUGCCUUACCGGUUGUUCAAACGCCUACAUCAAUGCCAUCGCGACGAUCUACGCGGUUGCAUCAGGGCUCGUCCUCUCCACUGAGAUCAAGGACAUUGAUCGCGGAUGAAGACGUAUCCGACGAACUGCAAAGCUCACCACCGAGAAGGAGCUCCGGUAGGCUGCGACGGGGAUUGUCAGCCCGCACGGCACGCACCACCAUUUCAGAGUCUUCCCACGGACACGCCUCGCCUCCCGUCCUCUCUUCCGCCAAUAGACAGCCGACAUUGUCCGAUAUUGGAUCGCCAGAAUCAAGUGACGACGAUGUGGUCAUGGUAACGAAACCUGCCCCCCGGAGGAAAUCAAGAGUAGACAUGGACGAUCCUUUUGUCGUUAACGACGACCAAUUGACGGCUUCUGCAGACGAGGAGCAUCCCAGGACGAAAACACCGAAGAAAGGCAAGCCUAGAGGUGAUGUUUUUGUCGUGAGCGAUGAUGAGGUUGAAUAUGUCUCUUCUGAAGAUGAAAGCGAGGACGACGGCGUGCAUCCCGCUGUCAGAUCCCGUCCGCAUUCAUCAAUGCCCAAAUCUUCAUCUAAACGCCGCAGGCGGACCCGACAGGAGCAGGACGAGCUUGACGAAGAUCUCCAGGAUCUGCAAGACUCAGGCCAGCAGAUCCCGCACACCGAAGCGCGCCGGACGAGAGGCGGCCCGGUGACUACUGAGAGAGACAAAACAAGGGAGCACUUUGACCUUCUGAAACGAAGACGAGCGGGCGCGAAGAUUACUCGCAUUGCUGACUCAGAUGACGACGAAAGCGAUGAAACUGCGGAGGCUGCUGACAUCGAUUUGAUCGGCGAGCCACAUGAUGACCUGGCCGAUGAGCAGUCGGACACAAGUGUAAUAGACUUGGACGUACACGACCGAGAAGUGGAGCACGACGUGGACGAAGACGAUUUCAUUGAAUACGAUAACGAAGGCAGGCAUGGUCGACCACAUCAGGACAUCCCUCUGCAGUUCACUUCUUUCGCGUCUAAGAAGCCAAAGGAAUUGUUCAUUCACAUAAUCGAGUGGAUGGUGAAGAACAAAAUUGCGCCGGCGUUCAACCGGGAAGACCCUGUCUACAACUUGGCUUUUAGUCGAGUAGAUGACCAAGUGCGGGCCCAAGCAGGAAGCAGAUUGAUCUCUUCUGCGUGGGGAAACGAGUUCAAGCACACGAUCUUGGCCAGGCCGUACAUGAGGGUAGUAGCACUCCCAGGCGAAGACGAAGACCACAUGCGCACGUGUGAUGCUUGCAAUCGGACGAACAACCCGGCUCGGUACGAAUUUGUCUUCAGUGGCGAGCCCUACUACAGGAAGACAUUGGAACCUGUCGAUGACUCGGAUGAUGAAGAGGGUGAGAAGGAGGAAGAGGACGAGGCAAGAGCUGACAAGAAUGAUAAUAUUACUUAUGACGAUGCGGGUCAUUCGAUCGCCUCGUCGAACACACGCUUCUUCCUCGGUCGUUUUUGCGCUGCCAACGCCGAGAUGGGCCACAAGUUAACGCAUUGGAAAUAUCACCUGAACGAGUCUCUCAUGGCGUAUCUGGAAUCGCAAGGCGUGUUGUCCGCGGAGGCGAUCGUCGCUCGCGAGAAAAUGAACAAGAAGAAGCGUGAAAAAGAAGCGGAGAACAUUGUGGACAGCAUGGAAGAGACAGGCGUUAUUGAUACCUUCUGGAAAGAGUUUGAGAACGAUCUCAACGAUGCAAGGUUGGGUAUGGAGGACUUUGAAAAGAGAGGCGGCCGAACGAAGGGGAGGGCGGGCGCCAUUCGAGCGAAGAGUGGCAGGUUAGUGAGGGAAUGGGACAAGGAUAGAGUGAAAGUGGCAGUGGCGCUGGACUCUGAUUCAGAGGGUGAGUGA